AUGAGGGUGACACUGCUCGUAUAUCACUUUGCUCUGAUUCUGCACGCCAUGGCCCAGAACAACUAUGACUUGUGCAGCAUACACUCAACCUUUAAGGAGCCAGAAAACAGUGACAUCACAGUCAUCUGUGGCACGGAGCUGAUGAAGCUUCACAUCCUGCUGUGUCCGCUGUACUACGCCGGCUACAACGAGUCCCUGGUGGCCCUCAACGGGCACUUUGGCAAACCGGCCUGCCAGGGCGUCAUUGACUUCACUGUUGACCCUCCCGUGCUCAAGUUCAACUUCUCCAUGACGGAUGAGUCCCUGAAGGAAUGCUCCCACAAAGUCACGGUCACCGAGGAGCAGGGUUCAGGAGUGUUUGCGGACUACUCCAGGGUCCAGUAUGUCAACAUCUCAGGUGUGAUCAACUCCUACGAUGCCAGCGGUGCCACUGUUGUCUAUCGCCAAGAGCUGAUGUACCUCUACUCCUGCAAAUAUCCACUGCAGUACCUGACAAACAAGACUGAGGCCACCGUGUCUGGAGUGAGUUUAGCCAUCAAAGACAACAACGGGAGCUUCAUCAGUACUUUAAGCAUGCGUCUGUUUCAGGAUGUCCAAUACAACUAUCCUCUUCGUGUUCCGCAAAAUGGCCUGGCCCUGAAAACCCGUAUUUACGUGGAAGUCAGGGCUACCAAUCUCACAAACAGGUUUAAUGUGCUUCUGGACAGAUGUUACGCCACAACCAGCCCUUUCCCUCUCAACAGCACUUACUACGACCUGUUUGUCGGGUGUAAUCGGGACAUACAGACCGUCAUGGGCACCAACGGAGAGGCCCAACAGGCGCGCUUCUCCUUCGAAGCCUUCCGCUUUGUGCAGGACUCCAACCAGACGGUGUCCACCUACUACGUCCACUGCUCCACCAGACUGUGUGAACAUUUCUUCUGCACCUCCCUGCAACAACAGGAGAACUGCACAAUUACUGGCUUUCGAAACAAAAGAGACAUUGGCAUUCGAGGAAAAAGAGAGAUUGUGUCAGAUCAAGGCGCAACAUCUGUGAGUGACACAGCCACGGUGACGUCUAUACCAAUCGUCACCAGAGUUGAUGAAAAUGCUGAAGGCACCAAUAACACGGUGUUGGGAGUUGCCACGGCAGCUGUGCUGAUGGGCAUCUUCUCCAUCGCCACCAUCGCCGCCAUCUUCUACCGCAUGCGCUCCUCCAGACAAACUGCCGCAGACAAGACCAUCCUGCACCACUGA